GCCUAUCAGUGUGCAUCAGUGCUGCCUAACAGUGCCGCCUAUCAGUGCCAUCAGUGCCUCAUCAGUGUCCAUAAGUGCUGCCUAUCAGUGCCCAUCACUGCAGCCUCAUUAGUGCACAUCAGUGAAGGAGAAAAAUCACUUCUUUACAAAAUUAUAUAACAAAAACUAAAACUUUUUUUUUUCUCAAAAUUUUCAGUGGUUUUUGGUUUGUUUAAGAAGAAAUAAAAAAACCCCAGAGGUGGUUAA